CGCAUGCGCGCAACCGCCGGGCCGGUCCGCGCCCCUCCGGCGCCUGCGCAGUGCGGCGCUCCCACACCGGCGCGUGCGCGCGGGGCCGCGGCGGCCGGCGGGGCUUUUAAAGGGGCCGCGUCCCGUUAACGACGGGGCCGUUCCGGUGGCGGCGGCUGAUGGAGGCGAGUGCAGGUUGGCGCUGUCGGCCGGGUGGGCGGCUCGAUAUGAGUCACGGCUUCGUGCGGCACAUCCGCCGCAACCAGAUCGCAAGGGACGCGUACGAGCGGGCGGUGCGGCAGGCGCGGGGGCGGGCGAGGGGGCGGCUCAUCCCGACGCCCCCCCGGCCCCGCCGCCCCGACCAGCAGGUGUACCGGCCACGGCGGCCCGGGGGUCCUGGGGGCGACGCCAGCCCGGAUCCCCCCUCCAGUGACCCCCGCGGGCCCCGGCUCUUCUGCCUGGAGUACGAGGGGGACGACGGGCACAUCACUGCGGUCAUCGUGCACCAGGGGGACAGCGCGGAGGAUGUGACACGACGCGUCUGCGCCUGGAGCCCCCUGGAGCCCCCGCUGCGGCGGGCGCUGUGCCAGCGCGUGCAGGACGAGCUCAGCAAGCGCCGCGGGACGGGGUGACGCUGCCGCCCCCCCUGGGGACAGCGUCACCCCCUGGGGUGCUGCCACCCCCCGGGGACAGUGUCACCCUCAGGGGACAGUGCCAGCUGCUGUCUGGUGACAAUAAAGGUGCUGUGAGGC